AUUUGAAGCAGAGUUGAAAAUACAAAUUUGGUUUUAUAGCUAUGCAUUUAUUGCUGCAUAUUCGUUGUCUCUAUAUGUAUAUGCAAGACGGUUACUCCCACGCCCAGCCCAUGCUCCAUUCCAUUGCGCAUCUCAAUUUCCGCCUCUGCUAUUUUCAAAUCGACCAUUCCCACGCGCUAAAUCUCUUUCGGAGAUGGUGAAUCCACGCUGCUUCUUGGAUAUCAGCAUCGGCGGCGAACUGGAGGGGAGAAUGGUGGUCGAGUUGUACAAGGACGUGGUGCCAAAAACCGCCGAGAAUUUCAGAGCUCUCUGCACUGGAGAGAGAGGCCUUGCCUCCGUCACCGGCGUUCCUCUCCACUACAAGGGUUUACGCUUAAGUCGUAUUAUCAGAGGUUUUAUGGUGCAAGGGGGUGCAAUUUCUGACGAAAAUGGCUCGGUUGGUGAAUGCAUUUACGGAACGAAGUUUGAUGAUGAAAAUUUUGAGCUAAAACACACAAGGAAAGGGAUGCUAUCAAUGGCCAAUAAUGGUCCAAAUACCAAUGGGUCACAAUUUUCAAUUCUAACAACCCAGGCCCCACACCUAGAUGGGAAGUGUGUUGUCUUCGGUAAGUUGAUAAAAGGAUUUGGAGUGCUACGUGCAGUAGAGUAUCAAGCAGUAGUGGAUGAUUACUGCUCAACUGCUGAUGUUGUGAUUAUCGACUGUGGAGAAAUUCCAGAGGGAGAGGAUGAUGGGACAAUUGAUUUCUUUAAAGAUGGUGAUUUAUACCCUGAUUCACCGAUGGACCUUGAUGCUAAACCUGACAGGUACUCGUGGGUACUUUCUGCAAUAGAAUCUAUCAAAGUCAUUGGGAAUGAGCACUAUAAGGAAAAAAACUACAAGAUGGCUAUAAGAAAGUAUCGUAAGGCCAUCAAAUAUCAGGAUUUGUGCUGGGAGAUGCCGGAUCUUGAUCAAGAGCAGAGUGAACUACUAAGGAAGAUAAAGUCGCAAAUACUUACAAACAGCUCUAUGUGUAAGAUGAAGUUAGGUGAUCUUGAUGGGGCAUUGCUAGAUGCAGAAUACGCAAUUCGUGAAACAAAAGACUAUGCAAAAGCUUUUUUCCGUCAAGGCCAGGUAUAUAAUGCACUGAACAACAUUGAAGCAGCUGUUGAAAGUUUUCAAAAAGCAUUAGAAUUGGAACCAACUGAUG